AUGCCGAGAAAAAUCGGAUUCCACGUCGUGUACGCGACCAGCGAAGAGGAUAGACACUCUUCGUUGGAACUGAACGUUCAUGGACCGGCGGUGAGGGGUUGGCAGAGUUCACGAACGUGUACAUAUCCUCAAGAACUCAUACUUCGCCUUCAUGGGCCAACGAAGCUUACGAGGAUACAAGUGUUGGCUCACCAAUAUCUUAUCCCGCAGAAACUGGAAAUCUGGACGUCACGCGAGGAGAAUGCCUCUGUCACGACCUACGUCGCGCUUCCGGAGACAGAGGCGGUCUCUUUGAAACUGAGGCUACACAAACCGCACAAUAACGCGCACAAUGUAUACCAGCAGGUCGGUCUUAUCGCUAUUAAUAUCCUCGGCGAACCCUACGGACAAGAGCUGACGGGCCAAGGAGACGCACCGUACAAUCCGCACUACACGUCCCCGUACGAUGAUCUAGCCUUUGAAAUGUACGUCGAUCGUGAAGUUGCCAAAAUCAUUAGACAGAUGGAAGCGAAGAAGUUACAGGCGGUCGAAGAGGAGAGAUUCGAGUACGCAUCGAAGUUAAAAGUGGCCAUGGAAAAUCUGCGGAAGGCCGGUGAACGUCUUGCGAAGUACGAACUGGAGAAGAAGUAUGCCAUCGCGUUGGAGGAUUACGACAAAGCCAAGAUGAAGAAAGCACAAGCGCAGCAAUAUAGACAGCAAGUCUAUCAGAGCUUAGAAGUGCAGGAUCUUCUCGAACUUCACGGGCCAUUGGAGAAGAAUAAUCAAUCUUCGGUGGAAGGGAAAGAACCGGUGACGGUAGAGACCUCGAACACUACCACAAUUACCGAAGACAUCACGUCUCCUCCGAGAUUAGUGAUACCACCCAACCGCGACGGAGCUAUAUCACCCACUGGCCCUGCUCAUCAACCACCUGUUUCACCUCUGCAUCAGAAACCAAAUAGUCCAGAAGUUACCGAUAGUCCUACGAACGGAGUCGUCGAGAGACAGAACAACUGUAACAAAGGAUCCCUCAGACGGAAAACAAAGUCAGCGGGACCGACGCUUCGAUCUAGCUACGAGGCUUACGAGGAGAGGACAAUACCUGCCUUAAGACACUCACACACGAAUGAAUUCACCCGGGAAUGCCACAUGGAGAACACGGAGACGAAGGUGAUCUCUAAACUGAACGACAGAGAGAAGAAGCAAGCUGCGUUACCGAUCGCCGUCUUCGGAAUGGAAAUGGUGGAGAAAUUCUACUCGAAACAAUUCACGGACAAAGAAGAGGGAUUAGUUAUGCUGAAGGAAGAACUGAAGACGUUCGACCCGGAAGUGUCGAAACACUCGGCGAAUAAAACAGCCAGAGCGACGAUUUUGCUGUUGCAUAGAGCUCUCAGGGAUAAAGUCUUUAGCGUGUACAGUCUGGCGGCGCAAUUAAUUAGGAUCUUCUUCUCGGAGUUCGCGACAGACAGAGUGUCGUCCACUGAAAUCGCAAGAAGCGUAGAUCGUCUGCUUCCAGAGCUGUUGACUAAGUCAGGCGACACCACACCGAGAAUUCAUAAUAUGGCAGUGCAUACAAUACUGAGUAUGGCGGACUGCAAGUGUGUCAGGGAAUUGCAUAUAAUACCAGUACACUUAACGAGGCCAGUCAGUAGUAGUACGCAUCAAAGGCUGGCUCUCAGUAGACUGGAAAUGGUGGAGCAGCUGAUCCUGAACCAUGGAAUAUCUACUGACAAACAAAGCGGACUCACGUGUCGAACGUUGUCUGAAUUGGGUUCCUCGGGUUUGCAUCACCCGGCGGAGGCGGUCAGGAAAGUUUCGGAAAGGAUCUUGGUGCUCGUGUACAAAGUGAAUCCUAGAUUGGUCCGCAAACAGUUACCUCCGGACGAUGACAUCACCAGAAGGAACUUACUGUACCGUCAGCUUUUUCACGAGUUCGAUCUCAUCGAUCUUCAGAGGAAGAAGGAAACGGAAGCGUGUCAUAAAACAACGACACCAACGCGGACGAAAUCGACGGAGAAUAAUGUAGCGAACUUGACGAAGUCACCGUCGAGAACGAGUCCUGUCGUUAGUACUGGAAGCUCAACGAGCAUAACAUCUCCGUCCGAGAAUAGUACAGAUCACAAGGGUGACAAGAUGUGCAUAUUUUGCCUUUCCAAAGGACAAGGAUAUUCAGAAGAGGGGCUCAAUAUUCAUUAUUGGAGAAGCUGUCCCAUGUUGACGAAAUGUGAAGCGUGCAAGCAAGUGGUAGAAAUUUCGUACUUGAACCUUCACUUGUUAAAUGAAUGUGAUAUGCGAAGCAAUUACGUGAAGUGUGAAACGUGCAAGCAGGUAAUCCACGAGAACUCCUUUCAGGAACAUAGGAGAAGUGAUAAAUGUACAAAACCCAUCAAAGGCUACGAGCACUGUCCACUUUGUUCUUGUCUUGUAAAUCAAAAUAAGUGGAGAGAGCAUCUCAUGGGUGAACAUCCCUGUACGAAUAAUCCACGAAACAAACUAGGGAAAAGUUGUUCAAAGUCUCCAUCCAAUUCUCAAAAUCUCGGCGGGAAGAUAACAUCGCCAACUAAUAGAGAUUACUAG